CCUUGUCAAAAUCCGAUCGCGUAUCAUCGUGUCUUAUCGUGCACCGAAUCCAGUUAUUGUUAUUGUUAUCUCCAAGAUGCCAUCCAAGACGCUCACAAGCACGCAGUUGCGGGCGUUGUUCGACAUUCUUACCCACUACGAGACCUACAGAGAAGUUGUCAGCUUUCGCGAUCCGGCCGCCAUCUCCAAGUAUGGAUACCCCUUCGACAAGGAGCCUGACAAGGAUGUACCGCAAGUUGAUGGCGCCGAGACGUCGUUCCCUUUGUUGCAACUCCUGCUCACCAGCAUCAUUCUGCCGGUGCCAGUGGUUCGCGUCAUCCCCCGCGACUUCUGGAAUGUUCAUCUCCAGGGCAUCAUGGCCAGGUUUGCCCAGGUCGAAUUGUCCGAAAGCUAUGACAAGUCCGGUCUGGGAACUAGGAAAACUUUGGCGACGGCGGCUUCAGUCAUACACGAGAGCAUUACCCGCGGCAUUCUGGGCGGUGUAUCUGAGCGCGGUAGACGGGGAUUUCAGGAAUACUACGAUGCGACAACAGCAGAGGGGGUGAUCGCAGCUUGGGACGACGCCAUCCAUGAGCUCACUCAUGGCAAUCUGAUUGAUGAGCUCUUUGAUCAUGUUACUGCAUCGACCAACUUCGAAGACCAUUCACCAGCGGUAAAGACUGCUGUCGAUUAUGCCAUCGUUCAUAUCGCCACGCUACUUCAUCAAGUGCUUGUUGUCUCCCCAAAGGGCCAAUACAUGCGUAGACUCCUUGAAAGCACGCACAAGGUGAUACCCUACUCUGUGGUCGGACAAACACUCCGUGUUGGAAAUGCUGCCACAAUGAUGAGUGCCAUGUUGAGGUUGCUAUUGGGUAAGGUCAGCAUCGGGGGGUUUACGAACUGGAUGGGCAUUACACAGAACGCCGCCGACGGCAGUAACCUCCUUCAGAAGAUCAUAUCGGUAGUUUUGGAUUGGGAUGCAGGGGACUUCCGGAAAGCUGUCGAGAAGAUCAAGAAGUCCAAGAACGGAGCAAGUAACGACCACUUGGCUGCUCUAGAUGAUCAUCUGCAGGCAACUAGAGAUCAACACGAUCUGAUUCGGGCACAAAGCAUAAAGCAACAAGAAUCCAUUGUGGUGUCCAUUCUCAAGUCACGAGAUCCGGCCCUCACCAAAGACUUCACAGAAGCACAGCACACCCAAUGCUUGGAGUACUAUGCUGCCAAGCUCGCCGUACGCGAUCGCGAAAAAAUCAUCGAAGUCCUCUGUCAAUCGAGCCCCGACUACUUCACAAGCAUGAUUAAAGAGGGCAUGACCGCCAUCGAUCCCCUGAUACGGAAUAUCCACGCCAACAUGGACCUCCGCAGGUAUCUGGGCGACGCGCAGAAGUUUCUCGAUGACCUCAUCCAGACAAGCAAGCCCAAGGAAGCUGAAAAUCCCAAGAAAGAUGCCGCUAUUCCCCCGUCUGUAGAGGACUACGUGGCUUUAUUACGUCGAAAUCGGCAGCUCCUCUUUGACUGGCUACACGACAUUGCCAAGGAUUGUCCGGAUAUCCGUGACGACUUCCGCGGCUGGGCGAAGGAGACCAUCAAAAUCUUCCGAGCAGAUACUACGCCGGAGGAUCCAAGUAAGGAGAAAGAUGAGCACACGGUCAGAUCAGACAAGACGCACAGGGACGAUACCUCUGCAUCGGGCGCAGGUGCAAUAAGCGGCAACUUGGAGUCGAUAUUCUCCGAUCUUUCACCAGACACCCGAGAGGCUGUUCUUACUGCGCUCGAUGCCCAUGCUGAAUACUUGGCAUCUCUUGAUGCCCUUUCAAAAAUGCGAAUGCAGCAAAUCCUUAACAGAUCCGAGAAGGCUUUCGACCAAUCCACUGGCAAAGCCAGCAGCAGUAAUAGCGAAAGUGGCAGUAUGAGUGGACCUGGCACGUAUCUCUUGCGAUGGCAGUCUUUGCUUGACGAAGCCCUCAUCACAACGGCUACCAUGUCGGGGCCACCUAGGCGAGGCAAGGAAGUCGCGGAAGUCAAGACGUGGGACAAGAAAGAGAAAAUCACUGUAGAACCCAAGGGCUCCUGGGAUUCUGACGCUAUCGCUACGAUGGAAGCGCGCAGUGUUCCGGAAGCUCCUGAUGUUGGGGUUGUGACGGAAGCGCUUGGAAAGCCAUUCAAGGAUAUCGUGGCCGAUGUAAGUAGCCGAGGUAUACGUAACUCGCCGGUUGGCCCUUAGUUAGCUAGAAGAAACAAUUUUAGGUUACAGUUCUAUAGUUUUAUUUCAGUAUACGGAAAGCCGGAAUCCAAGGACCCCAUAGGCUGAC